AACCAGGCAAAAAAAAAAAGCCAAAAAAAAAAGCCACACUUAGCGGAAACUUGUCAGAGAAUGCUCCUAAAGUCUGGUUUGCUGCUGCUGCUGGUGAUCAGUGCGUCCGCGUCCUACGAAGCUGAACAGAAUGACUCUGUGAGCCCCAGGAAGCCCAGGGUUGCAGCCCAGAACUCAGCCGAGGUGGUUCGCUGCCUGAACAGUGCCCUCCAGGUGGGCUGCGGGGCCUUUGCCUGCCUGGAGAACUCCACGUGCGACACGGACGGAAUGUACGACAUCUGCAAGUCCUUCCUCUACAGCGCUGCUAAAUUCGACACUCAGGGAAAAGCUUUUGUGAAAGAAAGCUUGAAAUGCAUUGCCAAUGGGGUCACGUCCAAGGUGUUCCUCGCCAUCCGGAGGUGCUCCACGUUCCAAAGAAUGAUCUCUGAAGUGCAGGAGGAGUGCUACAGCAAGCUGGACAUGUGCGGCAUUGCGAAGCGGAAUCCCGAAGCCAUCACGGAGGUCGUGCAGCUCCCAAAUCAAUUUUCAAACCGGUAUUACAACAAGCUGGUGAGAAGCUUACUGGAGUGUGAUGAAGAGACUGUGAGCACCAUCAAGGACAGCUUGAUGGAGAAGAUCGGGCCCAACAUGGCGAGCCUCUUCCACCUGCUGCAGACAGACCACUGCGCCCAGGGCCACCCGCGCACGGACUUCGCCAGGAGACGCAUCACGGAGCCGCAGAAGCUCAAACUCUACUUCAGGAACCUCCGAGGUGAGGGGUCCAGCCCAGCCCACGCCAAGCGCAGCUCUGCCGAAAGCGCGUAACGCCUCGGCAGCGCCAUGGGUGUAAGGGAUGCUAAGCACUACCAAAGCUGAAGUCUCUCUUCUAGAAGAGUAAUGCACCCGAACCAAGCGUACUGUAGCUAGUUUGAAUAACACCUAGGAACUGGUUUUAGAUUUAGUCAUUAAUAUUUUCUAUUCCUCUCCAACCAACUUUUGCAUGGGUCUGUGUUCAGUGUCUCAGCUUUCCUGCCGUCAAAAUGUCCCCAUCUCUCCUUUCUUCCCCACAAAAAGCGAUCCCAAACGAUCCUAGUCUUAAAUAGAACUGUGCAGCGGUCAGGCCUUCAGACACCAAACCCUAAAGUACUGUAGCACUAACGCCAUUGAGGUCUGAAGAUUUGGCACCCAGGAGAAUCGCCGAUUCUCGUUCGUAGCAAGCUGGUAGGCGACGAUAGAUGCACUAACAACUAUUGCACAUCCUAACGAUGUCAGUGGAAUUCGUGUUAUGAAUCUGUGCUGGCCAUGGACGAAUAUGAAUGUCAUAUUCCUGGUCUCUUAGCGUCAUGCAGUCCUAAUCCUUCCAACACAGCUCCGUUAACCCGCUGGUUUACCAACCCAUUGGUUGGUUUACCAACCCAUUGGUUGGUUUACCAAACUCGCUAGCUGUGGGUGAUUCUCAUUACCGUGACCUGGCACCACAGUGCAAAAUGAGCCCAAACGACCCCCCCCACCACCCCCGACACACAGCAAAUCAGGAAAGGAACAUUUUGUACUGCGGAAAUGAUUAAAAGCGGUGCCAGUCUAUGGUUCAAGCUAGUCAGAAGGUUACAUAAUAUUGCAUUGUAUUUAAAAGCUAACAUCUAUGUACUGUAUUUAACUGUCUAAAGCUUUAAGAGAAGUUAACAAAAACAAACCCUGUCUUAAGACAAGAGUAUUAAAGGUCUUGCUCUAACUGUGGUAUAAAUAGUUUUAAAAUCUGUCAUGUACUGUACAUAAGUUCCAUGAGAGUCUGCUUGACAGGAGCAGAAUGUAAUAACUUUAUUGCAUAAACUUAGUUUUGUAAGUUAGCUAUUCUUUUUUUUUUUCCUGGAAAUAGUAUCUCUGUCAUAUUCAAGAGUUCACCUUCUGCUCUGUGGCCUUUUUAUAACGGAAGAGAGAAAACGUUUGGCCAGAAACAAACCUCUCUUCAUAGGUGAAAAUGGGGGGGGGGGGGGGGGGAAAAAGCAAAAUGAGAAUGAACAGCGAGCUCAGAGCGGCCGUAGCUGUACCCAAGGCUGCAGGAGAGCUGCUGGGGGGAACGCCAGGCGGUUCUUCGGGAUCCCAAAGGCAAAACUUCCCAUAGAAAGGCGAUUUCUGGGGAAAGGCAGGGGGAGGAAAAAAAAUAAAUAAAUAAAUAAAAAAUCUGGAGAAAAUAUCUUAAACUCCUGCAGAAAAAACAAGGCGCAUGCAUGAAGCUCUCAGACCUGCCUUUCCUCCCACCCAUCUCUCCCGCAGCCUCCGCGAACAGGACCAGGGCCGGUCCCACAGCCGCAGAUGGGGGCCUUCCCCCGACGCCGCUCUCUGCACAGUAGCCCUUGGUGGCUUCGGCGAGCCAAAAAAAGCCGCAGCGUGGCACGCGAUCAGCACGGCCAGCUCCAAAAUCUGUCCCGCUAGAGCCUGUCUGCGGCCUGGAUGACUCUUGCUCAACUAGUUAGAGAGCUAAUAAAGGAGGUAUCUCUUUUUUUUUUUUUUUUUUUUUUUUUUUGAAAUCUAAAGCAAUAUAACUCUUUUUUUUUUUUUUUUUUUCCUCUCUUUUUUUUUUUUUUCUUUUCUUAAACCACAAAGCCUUUAAACAAUAACUUGCUGCUAAUAUAUUGAAACCAGAUGCAGUGGCAGCGUUUCUCAUACUGCUGUCUUCAUUAAAUGUAGCCCAAAAGUGCUGUCAUGAAAUUGUAAGCAGCAAAAAAUGUUGCUGACGGUAGAGGGUUGGGGUUUUCGUUUUGUUUUGUUUUUGAGUACUCUGAAUCGUGCAGUCCAGGACAAACAAGAUGCAAUAUUGCUCGUUCUUAAAGUCAGGUGUAUAUAAAGUCCGACACCGUCAAGUUUUGCAAGGUGAAAACCAAAGUCCCUUUGAAUUAUCACGACCCUAAGAGUUUGACUCCUGCUUAAGAUCCAUUCCUGGAGCUGCGCACCCUGCAGCAUUGUGCCGUUGGGAAUGCUGCAAAACUGGGAGAUCUGUUGGGGCUGUGCAUGGAGUGCAUGUCUCUUUUGGGGGCAGUUGUUCCAAAAAGGUGUUACUUGGUUGGAGCGUCCCAACAGGACAGCUCUGGGCAAUAGGAAGCAUCUCCCAGCUGGGUUCCCCAUUGGCUGAUGCCAGUAGAGCUCAGUGAGCUCAUCUAGAUGCUCUGGUUCGCAAUUGGCUUCUCUGCUGCUUUGUGCAGCGCUUCCAUGAAAACCCAAAGCUUAAUGAAGUUGACUUCAGGUUGGGGAGCAAGAGCCCAAACUCUAUCUUUUUGGGUUCUCCUAACUUUUCUUUUUUUUUUUUCAGUAGGAACCUAAGCUUGUUUGACUUUGUCACAAGGUCACGGGCAUGGGUUGGUGGUUGGACUGGAUGGUCUUAGUGGUCUUUCCAAUGUUAAUGAUUCUGUGAUUCAGUGAGGAAGCUGCAAGCACAGACACGUAAAAUCCAAAGACUUGGGGUUCACCUUGCCAAACUUUUAGCCUAAGCUGGUCACUUCAACUCUCCCUUAUCAGCAGAGGGGGACAUGGUGGCACUUCCCAUCGACUGGGAACGGUGCCCCAUGGGUAUGGUCUGAAUUAGGUGAGAGAAAUCCCCCUGGAGAUGGGGAAUGAUUCUCAACACAAAGUCCAGCUAUUUCACACUUUAUUUAAUCUCUGAUGCUUUAUUUUUUUAAUCUUGCGUUCACUGCAGAAAUGUUUUCUCUCGGAGGCGGGGAGGGGCUUAUCUAGAAAUGUUUGCAUGAUUCUCAUUGUGAUUUGUUUGCACUUUAGAUGUUUUGUGCCAUUAUAAAUUUGCAUUAUGUAUUUAUAAUUUAAAGAUACUUAGAAGGGGGAGAGAGUUUUGGUUUUUUGGUUUUUUUUUGUUUGUUUUUUUGUUUUUUUUUGUUUUUUUUUUGCUGAGUACUGGAAUAAACAGUGAGCAUAUCUGGUAUAUGUCAUUAUUUAUUGUUUAAAUUACAUUUUUAAAGCUCAGUGUGUUCAUAUAAAGGUUAUUUGAAACAUAUCAUAGUAAUGAGAAAGAUGCAAGUUAUUUUCUUUGCUUAUUUUUAUAAUUGAAGAUGCAUAACAUAAUGAGGCCUAUGUUGGAUUUUCUUCUGCGAUGAAAUAAAAUGUCAAAUUUAAGGA